GUAGAGUCUGCUGUGUGUGAGAGUGUGUAGGAGUGUGUCAGUGAGGAUGUGAGAGUACCACAGCAGCAGCAGCAUGAGCAGAAGAUUCUGCAUGGGAAAGUAACCAUUUCGAAGAGGUAAACACCUAUGGACGACUUUGGAUAAUAUCUCAUUAUGUUGCUUGCUGGUUAAGGUGAAUGCACCAUGGCAGCCUACCUCUGGCUGGUCCUGGCCAUCGUCAGUGAUGUUGCAGCAUCCUUGUUACGUCCCCCACGCCAACUCUCCCCCUGUCAAAUGGUCCAGAAUGACGUGUACUGCAACGAUCUGAACCUGAGGACCGUUCCAGCCAAGCUUCCUCCUGGCAUUCAAAAGCUCGACCUGUCUCGUAACCUUCUACAAAACAUUACUCAAGAAGUUCUAGCAAUCUACACCACCGUUCAUCAUCUGAACCUCCACUCCAACAAGAUCCAGUUCAUCCAGCCAGGUCUGUUCAAAGACAUGACCAAUCUGCAAGUGCUGGACCUCUCCAGUAAUUACUUGGAUGUUUUUGCUGUUUCGAAAACCAGCAUUGGGCCUCUUACGGCUGUGGAGAGGCUUGACCUCUCAGGCAAUGGCCUGUACACGGGCAUGACCGACUUUUUUCUCAGUGAAGCCCCAGCACUAAUGAACCUUUCUCUGAAUGGCAACAGUAUCACCAAAGUGGGCAAGGAGACCUUUUGCGGAGCUUUGGCCUUAAGAAACAUUGAUCUUCACAACAACGUCAUCUUAGAGAUUGAGGACGGAGCAUUUGACUCGUUGCUCCAUCUGUCCGAGCUUGAUUUGUCCAUUAACUCCAUCACUUGCAUCACUGACUUUAACCUUUCCAAACUCAAGGUGCUGAACCUCAGUAAGAACAGCAUGGAGUGCUUCCAAACCACAGAUUCAGACCUAGAGUAUGAGCUCCUCUACCUCGACCUGAGGGAAAACAAUAUCCACUACUUCCCCGUUCUCCCCAGAAGGAACAAGCUCAUGUACCUGGAUUUGUCCAGGAACCACCUGAUGAGUGUCAAUACCACAGGAACUGCCGAUGAGCUCGAGCACUUCAGAGACACGUUCGUACCUCACACGCAGUCAGGUGGAAUGAGCAGACACCAGGACUUCUCAAGGCUCAAGUACCUCAACAUGAGCUACAACCAGAUAAAGAGCAUACCGAUAUCUUACUUCUGCAGCAUGGUGUCCCUUGUGCAUCUUAACGUAAGUAAUAACUGUAUCGGGGCCUUUUCUAUAGACCAGGAGAGCCCUCUGAACUCUCUGAAGACCCUGGACCUGAGUUACAAUGCCCUACAAAACCUCUCAUUUGGGGAGAACACCCUACGGUCACUGCAGGAACUCUUCUUACAAGGGAACUUCCUCACCAUAAUGGACUCUGGAACGUUCCAAAGACUGCCUAGCAUCAGAGGCCUUCACCUCCAGCAGAACUACCUGAAAGUCUGCCCUUCACAGCGAAAAUCACCCCAGACAGACCACAACUCCCAGGAUCCUCCAGGCUGUGUCUCCUUUACAUCAAUACCAAGCCUGCACUUGUUGUACCUUUCUGGAAACAAUCUUGAGGUUCUGCCACCAUAUGCCUUCAAUGGCACUCCACUCAGGUUGCUGGACCUGUCCCUAAACCCAGGCUUGGACAUUCACCAGAAUGCUUUCUCUAGUUUGGAGACCUCCCUAACUAAUCUCUCACUGAGAGAAAACCACAUCCCAGAAUUGAACACGGACCUUUCCCUGCUAAGUAGUCUCAAAUUUGUGGACCUGUCCACCAACAAGCUGACCACUCUCCCCCUUUGGAACAAGGCAUCCUCCAUCGAGUCCCUGAACCUGCAGAACAACAACCUGGUGACCCUGGAGUACAACACAGUCCUGGUCCUUGAGCGGACGCUCAAAACCCUCUAUAUGGGCUCGAACCCUCUCAGUUGCUGCAGCAAUCCCCGCUUCCUCAACAUGCUCCAGCACUCUGAUGUGGUCAUCCCGGACUUCGCGAUAGUAACCUGCCAGUACACAGAGAACUCGGAGCCAGUGGAGGUGAAUGUUGGGAGUGUGACGCAAGAGCAGUGUCAGAAGCUGGACAGUAAGAGCGUGAGCAUUAUCGUCAUCGUGGUGACAGCUUUGGUGCUGAUAGCGGUGCUGGUGGUGCUCUCCAAGGUGUGCCACCCCAAAAGGCGCAAGCUCAACAUCAGCUUCAGGGCCUAAAGAAGGUGUCCUGUGAUUGAGGACAAAGAGAUGCGAGACAUGUCUCCUCCCAGAGACUACUAGGCUCAGAAAUCCAGAGCCUGUUGGUGCCUUUCAAUGUGAAGUGUGCACCAUUUCCAAAUGUUAGCUCAAUUUUGGAGGGAAUGUGCUGAGUUCUGGAACAUGGGAGCCAAGUCUUGAAGGAAAUGGCUCCAUUAGAUAUUUCAGCUCACCUGUGAAGUUAAAGAAAAAUACACAAAAACAAUUACCACAACAAUAGGACUUUAUUGGAGAGAGGGAAACUACGUCAAUGACAGUACAGAUUUGAUCAACCGAAGCACAGUGACUCAUUUGGGGUAAGAUUGGUGACACAUUGUGGCUUAUAGAAGUUGCAUAAAUUGAAAGUAUGGUUCUCUUCAUUUCUUCUUCUAGUUAAUAACAUACAGUUAUGUGAAACACAAGAGGAUGAAUGUGGUCACUUUUUAUAUCAUUAUCAUGUGCACAUACAGUAUAUAGAAAUGUAGCCAUUAUUUAAUGACUGCACAGGGUCAGCUGAUAUGCAUUAGAUUUGCUGGUCCAAACCUAUGGCCAUACACCAACACCUCUCUUUCUCAAUGCAGUAGUUUGCACUUUAAUUGUAUUGUAUUUGUAGAUUUAUUUUAUUAUUAUUAACCUGCUUUUGACUAAAGUAUUUUUGUAAUAUAGACUAAAUGACACUAAGUGUGGAGCGCAUAAUGCAAACAUGCCCAUCAGUGCCAUGUAAUGGCAGAGUGGAGAGCUCUCUUCAAUUAAUCUCAAAAUCAGCAAAUCAUUAUGAAACCACAGGGUGUGAAGGUCAUGGCUGCAGUUCUUUAGAAUAGAUGAAUGUGACACUACUUUAGUAUUCAAUCAGUGUUUUGUAGAAUUUACAGAUUCUAUUUGUGGGACAUGAAUAGGAUGUACUGUAUAGACGUGAAUCAUUUCUCCUCCUGUGGGUAAUUCCUAUAGGCGGAGUUGCAGUGAAUAUUAAUUUCGUAGCUGUAUUUUUGUAUUUUUCACUGGUAGAGAUAGGGGUGUUAUGGGGGAACCAAAACAGGAAUGAAGCAAUAACUCCAAAGGAAGCAGUACUGUCGGAACACCGACAGAAAAUAAUGUAGCUUGUUUUCACAGCUUGUAGGGCACCGCAGAUACCUUUCCUGUUAUUGAUAAACUCACUCUUGCAAAAGCCCAUACUAAAUAAUAAUUUGCAAUUUCACAAUGCUGGGUUUCCCUUGCUACGGGCAUUAGUCAAAAACAUUUUCCCCCCAGAAAUCCUCUCUGGUUGCUACCAUACAUAGAGAGGCUGUCAAGUCAAAUUACCGGUUUGAUAAGUUAAAUGAUACAGUGGAUUAGUGAGGCUUUAACAGAUAGGAGGACUUGUUUUGUUUUACUGAAACAAAAGCCUUGUUUAAUGCAUUCUAAUCUGGCCUUUGGCUCGAGGUUUUCUCCCUAUGUCGGUUGAAUGACAGAGCAGAGUGAGAGGAGCAAACAUCAACCCCACGCUUUCUUCACAGGGAAUUUGGAUAGGCUUGGUCCCUUAAUCAUCGUUGCAGUGAACUCAUGCCAGACUGAAAUCCUUGACUGCGUAACAUUCAGGUUUUUCCACCAGCAUCUCCAUGAUCAAUCAAAAUCACGUAAAUGCACGGAUUUGAGACAAUCAAUGUCAUUUUGAAGAAAGAUUGCUUUGUUAUUCACAGGGAAGCUAUCCAUGUUGCAUUUGUUCUCACAGAGAUCUUGGCCUCUUUAUCUGCGUAGGCCUAGCCCACAAGACCAAUCAUGAACACUAGAGAUUCCCCAGACUAGAAUUGUCCUAAGCCUUACACAAAUGGAACACUUGCCCCAACAGGUCAGUGAUGUAACAAAGCAAAGUAACAAAGAAGUGACAAAGUGACAACCAAAGACAGACCAAACUGUGUAGAGAGUUCACUGCAUGAUGUGUUUGCUUUCUGCCUUUUACACAGGGCAUUGUUGCAUAUGUACUGAAAUCAUUAUUAUAGUGUAUUUCUAUUUUAAACAAGAAAAACAAGCCAAGGGAAAUACUUGGUGAGGGGAAUAUGACCUGAACCAUAUUUAUAGAUAUUUGUUCCAGAGAUAGCACGACAAGGAGAGUUAUAUCCUGUUUCUCACUGUUCAUGCAGAGUCACAGUACUGCAUUUGGGGUAACCCUCUUGCUGCUUUUGCCCGCUCACAUGACUGAACUUCAAGUGAAACCGUCAAAGGUCAAACUAAUGUAUAUGACAAAAGAAGUAAUCUGCUGCUUGAAGUGACAUCCACCACAGACAACAGUCAGUGAUCAACAUUUUAUAUAAAUUGACAAUAAUAUAAUAUAAUGUCAAGAAUAUCUUAAGCCACACGUGUGUGUAGCGAAACGCUAGACUGGCGGUUCAGUUUGGAUGCUAUGCUUAUACAGGCUAAUCAAAGAUACGGCUGUGUAUGUUUCACUUAAUAAAGAAAGGAUAUUAGCAUAAAUGGAGAAUGGUUAUGAUGGUGUUAUGUCACUUUCAUACGUACUGAAAUGUUACUGACCAUGUUACAUACAGUUUAAUGCAAUGUUAAAUUGAAGUUGCACCCUUGCUUCUGUUUUAUCUAUCCACUUUUACAUGUACAGCAUAUGAAGGAUAUUACAAUGGAUCUAUUUUGAACUACGGUAAAAAAUAUAUAUUUAUAUUGUUUUGUAUUUUCUUAAGUAAAUGAUCUGUGAAUCAGAA